AAAAAUAAUUCGUUUUCCUGCUUCCGGGUAACUUUAAUAAUUGGAAAUUUGACUCAUAGAUGUCUCUGCAACUUGUUUGUUUGUCUAUUUGACACCCAUCUGGCACGUGUCAGUGACACGUGAUCAAAACUUUUUCGCCGAGCUGUCAUGAAAUAUUUUGAACAUUGCAUCCCAGUAUUAAUUUAGGAUUAAUUAAUAAAUAUACAUCAGUUUGUUCGUGUAAACCUCAACAUAUGUUUAUUUAGGUCACAAUUGAUGUUAUUUUAAGUUUUGUGUGGCUCAUUAAUCGAAAGGAGCUUGAUUUGCGGACGUGUGUAGGUUGUAUUCGUCUGUCAUCUUCCCGGAGCCACGUUGGAAGUUCGGAAUGCACUGAUAAAUGCAUUGAACCUAAGCUACAAAAGUCAACAAAAAAUGAAGCUAAAGGACAUAGAACGAACUGCAAAUGUAGCAUGGUCCCCCAAGAGCCAUUACCCCAUUCAUUUGGCAGCAGGCACUGCUGCCCAGCAGUUGGAUGCAUCAUUCAGCACCAAUGCUGCUUUAGAAAUUUACUCCCUCAAUGUAACAGACCCUGGGCCUGAUAUGCAAUUGGUAUCAUCAGUGCCAAGUGAUCAUCGGUUUCAUAAGAUUAUUUGGGGCUCUGUAGGCAGUGAACCUGGCAGUGGGACCAUCAUUGGAGGGUGUGAUGGGGGCUUAAUCCAGAUUUAUAAUGCGUCAAAGUUAUUAAAAAAUGAAGAUGCUUUGAUGGGCAGGCAAGAGAAACAUUCUGGUCCAGUGCAUUCAUUGGAUUUUAAUGGGUUCCAACAGAAUUUGUUUGCAUCUGGUGCUGCAAAUUCUGAAAUUUUCAUCUGGGAUCUGAACAACAUUGCUACCCCUAUGUCACCAGGGGCAAAAUGUCAGCCGCUAGAGGAUGUGUUAUCAGUACUCUGGAAUAAACAAGUUCAACAUAUUUUAGCCACUACUUUUUCAUCAAAAUGUGUAAUUUGGGAUCUUAGGAAGAAUGAACCUAUCAUAAAACUAACUGAUACAGUAUCAAGAGUACAUUGGAAAGUAGUUGCUUGGCAUCCUGAGGUUGCCACACAACUUUGCCUUGCAUCAGAUGAGGACCAUUCUCCAAUAAUUCAACUUUGGGACCUACGUUUUGCUACAUCUCCAUUAAAAACACUAGAAAAUCAUCAGAGGGGUAUUUUGUCAAUGGCUUGGUGUAAUGAUGAUUCAGACUUACUAGCUUCAUGCGGAAAAGAUAACAGAAUACUGAUAUGGAACCCAAAUGGUUCUCAGCCUAAUGGUGAGGUACUUGCUGAACUUGCAAAGACUAAUCAGUGGAAUUUUGAUGUGCUAUGGUGUCCAAGAAAUCCUGCAUUGAUUGCCUGUCCCAACUUUGAUGGCCAUGUUUCCAUAUACUCAUUAAUGGGAGGAAAGACUCAGCAAAUUCAAACCACAAAUAAAAUAGCUGAUAGUUUUCCAGGAAUGGAUGGAUAUAUGCAAGCACCUGUUCCUCAACAGCAGGUGGUUACUGUCAGUGUAGAUCUUGCAAAGCCUCCAAAAUGGCUGAAAAGGCCUGUUGGAGCAAGUUUUGGGUUUGGUGGAAAACUGAUAUGUUUUGAAAAUGACAAGGCAGCAGUAGCUCAUACCUUGCAAAAUGUUCAACCCGGACAACAACCUCCACAUAUCCCUAGGACAGUCCAAAUUAGCCAGGUGAUCACUGAGGCUACUUUGGUGAAGCAUUCUCAAGAAUUAGAAAAGGCUUUAGAGUACGGUAAUUUUGCUGAAUACUGCAUUAAUAAGAUGGAGGAAACCAAAGAUCAACACCAAAAAACAAUAUGGCAGUACUUGAGAGCUAGCUUUGAAGCAAAUCCACGAGUAGAGUUGCUGUCGCUUUUAGGCUACAAUAUAGAAUCUAUCAAUAAUAAACUUAAUCAACAUGUAGGCACGGAAUUGAACCAUAAUGUAAAUGGAUUGUCAGACGACUUUGCCAAUAUGAAUAGGCUAGACGAUUUUGCCCAGCUGGACAAUCAGAUUCAUGAAAAGAAGGGACCUUCAGAACCAUUGAAGAUUAAGACUACAGACGAUACUGAAGGCUUGGUUACUCAAGCACUUUUAUUGAAUAACAUUGAAGCAGCUGUUGCACUUUGUCUGAAAGCCAAGAAGUAUGCUGAUGCUCUUAUAAUAGCGACAACAGGUGGUCCAGAUUUGUUAGCAAGGACUCAACAUAAGUAUUUGGAGCAGUGUGAGGGAUAUAUUUCUUCACUAAUAUCAGCUGUUGUUUCUGAAGAUUGGACGUCUAUUAUUAAUAAUUGUGAAGUUAGCAGUUGGAAAGAAGCCUUAGCUGCUACUUUGACUCACGCUUCUGAUGAGGAUCUUCCAGGUCUUUGUGAACAAUUGGGAGAUAGAUUAACUGAAGAAAGUAAAAGGAAUCCAAAAUUGAUGCAAGAUGCUCAGCUAUGUUACCUUUGUGCUGGUAGUUUUGAUAAACUGGUAAACAGUUGGAGUCAAAACAGAGUAACGGAUACAAAUAAGAUGCAGCAGUUAAUAGAACUCAUGAUGUUACUUCAAAAGGCUGUCGAAAGGCAGGGUAGAAGAGUACAGGUAUCUGGAGCCCUAGCCGAUCUUUUGACUCGCUACGCUUUCCUUUUGGUCUCCCAAGGAGAACUAACAACAGCAUCAGCAUAUUUAGGUACUUCUCAUGACCAGAAAAUAUCCACACUUAGAGAACGGAUUCAAGUGGCUUUAGGUCAGAAACAAUCCUUUGGAAAUCAACAUGAUUAUCAAAACCAAGGUAGAAGGAGCAGUCAUAAGCAGAGCUUCUCACAGUCGUAUCCUGGGGGACCUGUUUCAGGCAAUACAAACCCAUUCAACACCCCCAAUCAGUAUUCAUCUAUACCGCCUGUGAACCCUCCUCAACCAGCACAGUUCAACACAGGGUUGCCAAAUCAAUCAACGACGCAACCCUGGCAGCCACAACCACCUGUACCAGCACCUUCAUUCUCCCCUGCUCCCCCACCACUGACGCAACCGCCUAGGCCGGGCAGCGUUGGAUCAUCACAUGGUGGUAUAUCAUCUCGCAGCAAAUACGUACUAGACCCGUCCGUCUCCUCGGGCCCUUCGUACGGCGUAUCAGCCGCCCGUGGGUUCCCACCGCCCAUCGAUGCGCCAAUGCCCAACAGUUCGUUGUCUUCUAACACGCCCUAUUUCGUGCCUCCCUUAGCUGCCAGUGGUCACGUGCCUGCACCAAUGAAUCCGACACCGUUGAAUCCCGUUGCGCCCGCCCCCAGUCCUGCUGCGGCGUACGGUGCCCCGCUUCCACCGCCUCCGAAACAGACUGAGCUGUACGCGGCGCCUUCAGGGUGGAAUGAUCCGCCUCCGCUCAGUUCUAGGCCAUCGAAAGCAGAGCCGAAACCAGAAGCACCGCCUUCCGACCCAAUCACCCACCCUCUAUAUGGCGCCGGCUACCCCACGGAUACCUACGGUAACGACAUACCCUCACAACCUCCCCCUUCCAUGUACAACCCAGCUAUGCCCCCGCAACCCUACCAACAACCACCAGGAGCUGCCUUCCCACCCCCGACUGGAAACUUCGCACACCAAAGCAACUUCCAACAUCCCGGAAGUUUCCCAGCGCCGGGUAGUACCUUUCCGCCUCCAGUGACGGGUGGAUAUGACAUAGGGGCGAUGAGUCGUAACGCUGUACCGCCUCAAGUGGCGCAGGAGGCGAUGCCUAGGGCGGAGACUCCUCAACAUGUGCAGAAACCGCCUAUUCCACAGGAGCACGAAGAGCUGAAGAGGGUGUUUGACAAAGUGAGGGAGAGGUGUAGUGACGCCGCUAACAAUCCGCAAACUAAGAGGAAACUGGAAGAUGUAGCUAGGAAAUUGGAAACCCUGUAUGAUCUUCUACGAGAACAGAAGCUGUCUCCGAAAACACUAGAUUCUUUGCAUCAAAUGGUGCAAUUGAUCCAAGGUGGAGAUUAUCAAAGUGGUCUAGGUCUGCACACUCAGAUGGUGUCUGGACCUGAUUUUGCUCAGAUAGCGUCCUUUAUGCCUGGUUUGAAGGUUCUCUUGCAAUGUGCUAUACAACUUCAGGUUUACUUAAGAUAAGGAAUGAACUGUUCAAUGUAGGGGAAGUUUGAAAAAAGAAAUGUGUAUGAUCAAAGUGGGUCGGAUAUGAGGUGAUUGAAGGUUGAAUUAUGCCGUUUUCACUACUUUCUAAGCAUAACACUUAUCAAUAUGGCGCUUUUUUUAUCUGUUGUAUUUCAAGCUGAUUUGCAGAACUACGUAAAAAUAAGCAUUCUGAUGGAAAUGUUGCUAAAUGUUUUAUCUUCAUUUGUACUAAUAAAAAAGUUGAUAUAUUAUAGCUUUUAUUUUGUAUUUAU